AUGUUUAAAAAACCUGAGCCAAGGACCUUCGAGUCCUGCUCGACCGAUAGCUCAGGCGAAAAUGUUCAAAAAGUGGACGAAUCUCACAUUUUACAAGAUCGCAGAAUCGGAGUCUUUGGAGCCGUUUCAUUGAUUGUGAACAAGAUUGUGGGAGCUGGAAUCUUUUCCACGCCCGCGUCUAUCUUCAAGCUGAGCGGUAGCCCAGGGAUGGCCCUCAUUCUUUGGGUUAUUGCAGGCGCGAUCUCAACAUGCGGCGCAUUGGUUAUGCUCGAAUUUGGCAGUAUCAUUCCUCGAUCCGGAGGCAUGAAAUUAUACCUCGAGCGAUCUUUCUCACCAAAACUCAUGAUGACUUGUAUCUAUUUGUUCUAUUGCGUCUUCCUACGUGAGUCUCUGCCUGAUGCAUGUUGCGACAAUCAAAAUGGGGUUCUAAUGAAAGUAGAGGUGUCUGCCAGCAAUGCCAUUACCUGCGCUUCCUAUCUUCUCAAAGCUGCAGGUGUCGAAUCAACGACAUGGAAGCUGAGAGGAUUAGCGAUCGCAGCAACUGCAUUUGCAGUGGGCAUGCACACUGUUGCUCCGCGAAUUGGCCGAUAUGUGCAAGACAUGAUGAGUGCAGUCAAGCUCUUCAUUCUUUUGUUUAUUGUUUGUACUGGAUUUGCAGCCCUGGGUGGCCAUCUCAACAUUCCUAACCCACACAACUUUGAUCUAUCUACCUCUUUCCAAGGCACUUCGAACAAUGGGUACAACAUCGGUACAGCCCUGUUGGAUGCGAUAUUUUCAUUCCAUGGAUAUGACAACUUGAACAUGGUUCUUUCGGAAGUCAAGAACCCUCAGCGGACGCUGAAAAUCGCGAUUCCUACUGCCAUGGGUAGCAUCACGGUGCUUUACCUCCUUGCGAACAUCGCAUAUUUUGCUGGUGUAUCAAGAGAAGAAUUCUUAGCAUCUGAUUUGACGAUUGCCGCAUCCCUCUUUAGGAAUGUCUUCGGUGCAUCGGCAGCCACAAAAGCUCUCCCAGCACUGGUGGCCAUCUCUGCUAUUGGUCAUCUUCUGGGAAUUGCGUUCACAGUCCUGUAUUUUGAGGGAGUCGUGCUGACGGAUAUGACAGCUCGCGUUAUCCAAGAAUUAGCUAAGGACGGAAUCAUGCCAUUCCCGAACAUUCUUAUGCAAAAUCGACCAUUCAAAACACCCAUCUGGGCAUUGGCAAUCCAUCUAGGAGUCACAGUCCUUUUUAUCUGCGCCCCUCCUGCGGGUGAUGCAUUCGAUUUUGUUGUUGGUCUCAACUCUUACCCAACAGUGCUCCUUCUCGCAGCCGUCACAGCUGGGUUGAUGAAGCUGCGUCUGUCAAAAAGCGAAGACUUGAACUCAGGUUUCAAGGCUCCAUGGGCUGUUCUUGCAUUCUAUCUAGCUGGAAGCAUUUUCCUCCUUGUCAUGCCUUUCGUGCCACCUCCCAAUGGAAAGGGAAGCACUAGUCUACCUUACUAUCUAUCGCCCGUUGUGGCUUUGGCAAUUCUCUCUCUGGGUAUCAUAUACUACGUCGGCCGAUUUGUUCUAUUGCCAUGGAUCUUCAACUACAGGCUUGAAUUGAAAGCUAUUGAACUCAGUGAUGGAUCUCAGGUGUCACGGUAUAAGAUGAUCAGGAAUUGA